GUCUUUCAUUGAUGGUGUAUUUUUUGUUGGGAUUCAAGUUUUUAUGUUAACUGUAUGUUCUAGACUAGUAUCUCGAUUACUACUGAAGGAUUACACUCCUCCUGGUCUUCUUCAGUUUACCAAUCCUACUUAUUGCGCUCACCUUAUCUUUGCCUUGACUUUGGGUGCUGCAAGUAGUCUUUUCAUCCUUGUCCUUGGUGAAAUUAUCAACAUAUUCUCAAAAGGAUCAAGAUGGAAAUACUGGCAGUUCAAUUUGGUCUUGCUCUUAUUCUUUGUCAUUAUCAUUAUCCCUUGGUAUCAAGUUUAUACUUUUUUACGUCAAGCAAGAGGAUGGAGACAAAGACGGGCUAUCUAUGCAACAACAGUUGUAUGGUUUGUCUACUUGUUUUUGUUCAGUAGAACGACAAAUCACUUUAGUACUGAUCAAACUACGAACUAUACUUGGUUAGAAAUGGGUAUUUUUCGUAUAAGUGUGCUUGGUAUUACCUUGAUAUCUAUUCUUUCUGGUUUUGGUGUGGUCAACGCUCCUUUUACAACAUGGACUACCUAUACUCAACAUGUUUCUGAAUCUGAAUAUGCAGUGGCUCAACAAGCAUAUGAUAAUAUCUUAUCCACCAUUCAAGAUAAAAAAGAUACAUUGAAUCGUCUUCAUCAGGUUGAAAAUGAGUAUGAACAAAAUGCAUCAGGUCAAACGUCGUUAGGCUUUUUGGAUCGAUUGGUAUCAUCAGUAAUUGGUGGAUCAAAUCGGCAAGAAUCCAAAUUAUUACAAAUUGAAAUUGAACAACUGGAGAAUUUAUCUGUUAAUAUGAAAUCAGAUUUGGAUGAAUUGGAUAGAAGUAGAAGAAAAAGUCAACUAUCAAGAACAUGGAAAGGGAAACUGAGGAAUGGAAUCGAUUUUAUAUUUGCAAUCUAUUGUGUUUAUCGUUUACUAACAACUACUCUCAAUGUCUUACUACAACGUACCGGCAAUGGAGAUGCCAUCACAAAUACAUUGUCAUUGAUGAUUGAACAUUUUGGAAAUGAUAUCAAGGUGGACAAGGCAUUUUGGUCACAACAACUUAGUUUUUGGUUCGCUGGCCUCAUUGUUUUUGGAUCUGUACGUGGUGCUUUAUCAUUAUUGACAAAGAUCAUUCGAAGAUUCACCCAUCAAUUCACGAUUUCAACAAGCAACAUUCUUUUAUUUGUGGCACAUAUGUUAGGGAUGUACUUUCUUAGUUCAGUACUGAUGAUGCAAGUUAGCUUACCACCGGAUUACCGUUACUUGAUAUCUUCGACUUUGGAGCACAUUGAAUUCACCUUUUUCCAACGUUGGUCUGAUGUUAUCUUGGUUAUCUCUUCCUUAAUCACUGCAGGCAUUCUUUAUGUUAUCAAUCUAACAAGCAAUGCGAAGAGUCUGGCGACUGAUUAUGCUGAUAUGCAACUGUUGUCAAUAGAAAAUGGGUCGAUGGGAAGGCAUAGUUUGGAUAGAAGGCGAUUGGAUUGAUCAAUAUCAUAGUGUAGUUUAUAUAUUUAUACAUCAUACGUGAUUUUUCAUUGUUUAUUUUUAGAUAGUUACCUCUUUAUAGAAUAGAAUUCCCUUUAAUACAUAUAUCAUUUAAAUAGUCGUAUAUUCAUAGUUAUCAUCCAUCAAUAAUAAUAAUAAUAAAAAGCUACUCAUUCAAAUUGAAUAGG